AUGGAGGGAGAGGAGUCUACCACGCGCUCAUUUGCUGCUGCUACAGAACAAGCCGCUGCAGCGCCAGAGGACUCUCACAUUCAGGUCGUAGAAACAGCAGCACCAGCUGCUGCAGCACCAGCUGCUGCAGCACCAGCUGCUGCAGCACCGGCUGCUGCAGCACCGUCUGCUGCAGCACCAGCUGCUGCAGCACCGUCUGCUGCAGCACCAGUUGCUGCAGCGCCAGCUUCUGCAGCGCCAGCUGCUGCAGCACCAACUGCUGCAGCACCAGCCGCUGCAGCACCAACUGCCACAGCACCAACUGCUGCAGCACCAGCUGCUGCAGCACCAGCUGCAGCAGAGCCUGCAGCAGCAGAUGCAGCAGCAGGCGCAGCAGCUGCAGCUGCACUCGGAGCAGCAGCAGCAGCAUCUGUUACCUCGGGGGAAGCAGCUUCAUUUGGAGGUGGAGCAGCAGCGCAGCCAAGUGAAGGGGCAGCGGGGAAUGGAGUGAGAGCGGUGGCAGAACCAGCAGCAGCAGCUGCUGCUGCUGCAGCAGCAGCAGCAGACACAGCGGGGUCCACUGCAGCGGAGGCCCCAGCUGCUGCGAGUGCUGCUGCUGCUGCAGCGCUAAACCGCAGCUGGGACUUCAGCAGCAGAAGCCGAGAAGCAGCAGCAAAUGCCUUCUUAAGAGUUCGUGCUGCUAGGCGGAAGCCGCUGGCCACUGGAGUUGCUGCAGUAAGCAAUGAUGCUGCAGUGCAGCUGCUGCAGCAGCACAUCAGCAGACACAGCAGCAACCCUGCGGGGGACGAGAUCGUGUCGCUGGUGCUGCAGCUGCGGCAGCAGCAGCAGGAGCAGCAGGCGCUGCUGGCCCUUGCUGCGCAGCGGCAGCGGUGGCAGCGAAUAGGGGAGCUGCGGCUGCUGCGGCAGCAGCAGCAGCAGCAGGCGCAGCGGCUGCGGCAGCACCUGACGGAGUGCAGGCAUUUGCUGCUGCGGGUGGCGGACCACACCAUAGGCGAGGUGCAGCAAGACUCUGCUGCUGCUGGCAGCAGCAGCAGCAGCAGCAGCAGCAGCAGCAUGGCUGCAAUCCGCACAAUUUGUGUGUUUGGAGGCCUGGGGGGAGUUGCUGCACUCGUGGGGCUCGCAACAGGAGCAGCAGCACUUCCUGCUGCGCUGCUGUCAAGGGUGCCAGCAGCAGCAGCAGCAGAAGUCAGGGACUUGCUGCAUGUAGUAUUCAGCGAGUGCUUUUAUUUGCUGAGGGAGUUCGUGCUGCUGCAUGCGCCCAUUGCAGACCAGCUCGCCCACAACUCGGGGCUGCUGAGCUGCCUGCUGUCGUGCCUAGUGAGCCCCUCCACUGACGCAGCAGAAAUGCUUUUGGAGGAACUUAUUGCUUACAGAGAAACUCCUUUAUCUCUUCACUUUUGCUGCCCCUCUUGGUUAUCAAAUGGGUCUGGGGGCCCCCCGGGGGCCCCCCUGUGGGCCCCAGGGGGGCCCCCCGGGGGGGCCCUCGGGGGGGCCCCCCAGGGGCGGCCGCCGGGGGGGCCGGCCGCAGCAGCGGCGGCUGCUGCUGCGGCGUCCGCCUCUGCUGCUGCUGCAGCAGCAGCAGCAGCAGCAGGAAGCGGCACGCUGCUGCAGGGGGGCUGGGGGGAGCUGCAGGUCCGCCAUGUGGCGCUGCUGGCCCGGCUGCUGACGCUGCUUGUUGUAGAGACAGACGAGCGGCUUGCAUGCAGCAGCAGCUUGUGGCUGCUGCGGAGGCCCCCCUCCAGCCGGCGGGGCUGGUGUGCUGCUGCUGCUGCUGCAGCAGACGCUGCCGGAAGGCCCGAGCAGCCGCGCGCGCUCCCGCAGCAGCAGCAGCAGCAGCAGCAGCAGCAGCACAGUCAGCAGCGGCAGCUCCACGCCGCCACGCAGAGUCUCCCCGCAGGGGAGUGCAGCUCCGGCGCCUGCGACGCACAGGCCAGCAGCAAAACCAGCAGCAGCAGCAGCAGCAGCAGCAGCAGCAGCGCAGCUGAACAGAAGCGCCGGUGGAGCCCCUGGCUGCUGCAGCCCCUGGGGGAGGCCCCCACUGGCCCUGAAGGGACGCGAAAGGUUUUGUGUGAUCUUAUGGAGAUGGGGCCAAUGUACUGCAGCAGCACGAGUGACAGCAGCAGGAGCAGCAGCAGCAGCAGCUGCAGCAGCAGGUGCAGCAGCAAGGGCAGCAGCAGCAGCUGCAGCAGCGAGUGCAGCGACUCCGGCAGCAGCAGAGGUGAGGGGGAUCUCGAGGCAGCGUCUGAUGAGCGCCGCCGCAGCAGCUGCAGCCGGAAGCCCCGCCGUGCUGCAGCUUCCCUGCGGCUGCAGCAGCAGCAGCAGCGCCGCAGCAGCAGCUGGCUGCAGCAAGGCAGCAGCCGGUCUGCUGCUGAAGCAGUUGUGGGGCGCUCGCGGCUGCAGAGCGACGACGAGCAGGUGUACGUACACCGCAGGGCCUUCUUAACUCCCGGGAGGCCUUGCUGCAGCGAAGGCGGCUGCAGCAGCAGACACAGCAGCAGCUGCAGCGCAUGCGCGGACAGCAACAGGGAGAUUUUGCUGCAGCAGCCGCAGCUGGUGGAGAGGCUGGUGGAGCUGCUGUGGCUGCAGUCGAUCCCGCUGCCGGGCUUUCUUUCUGGGGUCACUUGUGGGGGCGGAGCAGCAGCAGCAGCAGCAGCAGCAGCAGCAGACAGCGGCGAGACUUUGCUCGAGCUGCUGCAGCGCAGCAACACUCCUCUCUUUGACUUGGUCAUGGGCGAGGCCUCGGGGCCCAGCAGCCGCACCCGCAGCAGCCGCACCCGCAGCAGCAGGAGCAGCCGCAGCAGCAGCAGCAGCAGCAGCCGCCACGUGAGGGGCAGCAGAAACGCAGCUGCUGCGCCUUUUGCUGCUGGCAGGCGCAGCGAUAGGAGCAGCAGCACGGCAGCAGCAGCAGCAGCAAUGGGCAGGGGCCCCAUGGCAUUUGUUGCUCGUUCGCGGCUGCCCUACAGCGUCAGGCCGAGCAGGGAAGCUGCUGCUGCUGCUGCUGCAGCGCCUGCUGCUGCUGCUGGAGAACCUGCAAACAGGGAGCGCGCAGCAGAUGCUGCUGGCAGCAGUGCUGCAGCAACAAGUGCUGCUGCAGCAGCAGCACCGGCAGCUAGCGAGAGGGCAUCAGACUGGGGGUCUUUCUUUCGCCGGCUGUCUUCGCUGCAUUCUGUAUUUGGGGGUGACGCGCAGCAGCAGCCUGCAGCAGCAGCAGCUGCUGCUGCUGCACCGGCUGCGGCCAGUGGGAGCAGCAGCAGGAGAGACUCCGGGACCAGCGCUGCCAGCGCUGAUGCAGAUGCAGCAGCAGCAGCAGCAGCAGCUGAAGAGGAGGCGCAGGAGGAAGCAGCAGGUGAGUCUGCUGCAGAGGCCUCUACUUGGGUGGCUGGGACAGCAGGAGAAGCAGCAGCAGCAGCGGCAGCAGCAGCAACAGCAGCAGAAGCUGCAACACACGGGAUUUCUGUGGAACUGACAACAGGCACUCUUCUUGCCACCCCUGAGGACAUUGCUUCUCUUGUUGCUGCUGUCUCUGCCACAAAUGCAGCUAGCAUUGGCAUAGAGUUCCUUGCGCCGCUUUCGCUGCAGCAGCAGGAGCAGCAGCAGCAGCAGCAGGAGCCGCAGCAGCAGCAGCGGCAGCGCCGGCAGCAGAGCCAGCAGGGAGCCGCCGACGCUGCUGGCGCCUCGAGCGCCGGCGCUUCAGACUCUGCUGCAGCAGCGUCAGCAGGAGUUUCAGCAGCAGCAGCAGCAGCAGCAGCAGCAGCAGCGUCUUCAAACAAUGGAGCGCCGCCGUCGCCGCGGCGUCGCGGAAGAACAGCGGACGAUGCAGCAGCAGCAGCAGCAGCAGCAGCAGAAGCUGUUGAAGUUGCUUCCGACACAAUCCGCGGUGUUGCUGAGGAGCCUACAGCUGGCUCCAGGGCAGUGUGGGCUCUUUCUGCUUUAGUUGGCGGUCCGCAGCAGCAGCGGCAGCAGCAGCAGCAGCAGCAGCAGCAGCAGCCGCAGCAGCAGCUUCGAGCGCUGGUGCACGUGCUGCUGCAGCGAGCUGACGACGGCGAUGACGCUGCAACCGUGACUGCGUUUGGCGGUUUUGCUGCUGGCGCGGAGCAGCAGCAGCCACAGCUGCUGCAGCCGCAGGUGCUGCAGCAGCAGCUGCUGCAGCAGCAGCAAGGCCUCGGGAUACAGGACGAGCUGCAGCUGCGGCAGCUUUUCCACAGAACUUACCAGCUGUACAGACAGCACAGAGCAGCACUAAAACGCAGAAACCGCAGAAAGAGGAAAAGCAGCCAGCGGCAACGCAGCAGCAGCAGCAGCAGCAGCAGCAGCAGCAGGACCGGUGCUGCUGCUGCUGCGCCGCGCGAGGAUCAGGGGCCGUUGCAGAAGCAGGAGCAGCGGCAAACGUCAGGUCAACAGUCCCAGCAGCAGCAGCAACAGCAGCAGCAACAGCAGCAGCAGCAGGAACCAAGUUUCAUGGGCCGGCUGCUGCGUAGGCUAUCGACUUUGUCGUUCGGAGUCACCCGCAGCCAAGAUGCUGCUGCUGCUGCUCCUGCUGCUGGCUCUGCUGCUGCUGCAGAGGGCGAAGCAGCACGCAGCACUUCAAGCUUGCGGGGCCGCCGCUCCUCUACAGCAGCAGCGGCAGGAGAUCGCGGGAGCAGCGCAGCAGCAGCAGCAGCAGCAGCAGCAGCAGCAGCAGGAACAGAGCGGAAGAGCAGCGAGGGGGGGAGGCAGCACUGGCUGCGGCGGCGGCGCAGACGGCCGAGCGUGAGCAGCAGCAGCAGCAGCAACAGCAGCAACAGCAACAGCGACAAAGACAGCCUCACGGGCAGCAGCAGCAACCAGAGCAGCGGCGGCUUGUGCAGCAGCAGCGAGGAAGCAGGAAGCGGCAGCGAGGCUUUGCUGCGUCAGGGCUUUCCGUGGCCGCUGCCUGCUGCUGCCCGCAAGCAGCAGCAGCAGCAGCAGCAGCAGCAGCAAGGGGGCCUCUCCAGGCGCGACAGACACAAACGCCGCAGGCUGCAGCAGCGGCAGCAGCGGCGGCUGCUGCUGCAGGACACUGAGGGGUUUCCGCCGCAGCCACUUGUUGCAGCACUAAGUGCUGACGAGCGCCGCAGCAGCAGCAGCAACAGCAGCGUGAUGUCUUCUGCAACAGAAGACGAGUCUGCUGAGCUGCAGCAGCUGCAGCAGCUGCAGCUCAAGGAACUUGCUGCCAAAAACCCAAGACUCCCCAGGCUGCCCCCAGGAGUUGCUGCAGCUUUCCGGCCAGCAGCAGCAGCACGGAGCUUCCUGCAGCAGCGCCGCAUGCAGGCUGCUGCAGAUCCAAGCCCGACCGCCGCCAGCAGCAGCAGCAGCAGCAGCAGCAGCAGCAGCAGCGUGGGAAGCAGAUUUUCGCUCGCGUUCGGGGGCGCGGGUAGGAGGAGCCAGAUGGGGUCGAGCGAUGGUAACCCGCAGCAGCAGCAGCAGCAGCAGCAGCAGCAGCAGCAGCAGCGGGAGUCAGAAUCUGGUCCUCCAAGUGCGGCUGCUGGAGCGCCGACCUCGUCAGCAGGCGAAGCUGCAGCAGCAGCGGAAGCAGCAGCACCAACAGCCGCAUCAGAUCCAGCAGCAGCAGCAGCAGCAGCAGCAGCAGCAGCAGAGCCUUCAAUCGUGUUUGACCCCGAGCUGCCGCUGCACGAGCAGGCGCAGCAAGUGCUGCAGCUGUACUCUUUCAGGUCGCAGCAGUCCUUUGUUCUGUCCCCCAGGGCAUUGGCGCAGCAGCAGCAGCAGCAGCAGCAGCAGCAGCAGCAGCAGCAAGAGCGUUCAGCUGCUGCUGUAAACGGUGAGGCUGCAGAAGAGCCCACCGAAGCGGCAGCAACGUCUACAGCAGCACCGGCAGCAACAGCUGCUGCUGCUGCAGCAGAAAGUGGGCAGAGUGAAUCAGCAGCAACAUCUGCCAUGUCUUGGCAGCAGUGGGCUUCUUCUCUCUUGGAUCCCUCAAACUUUUUUGCGGACACGACAGCAGCAGCAGCCCCAGCAGCAGCAGCAGCAACUCCAGCAGCAGCAGCAGCCCCAGAUGCAGUUCCAGCAAGGUCGGCAGCAGCAGCAGAAGGUGCGGAUGCCUCUUCAAACGGCGCAGCAGCAGCAGCAGCAGCAGCAGCAGCAGCACCUGCAGCAGGAGGAAGGCGUCGCCGCGUGGGCGGCGUGCGGACAGGCCGGCAGCAGCAGGAGCAGGAGCAGCAGCAGCAGCAGCAGCGCGCCCGCCGCGCGGCCCGCGACGGCGAGCAGCAGCAGCAGCAGCAGCAGCAGCAGCAGCAGCAGCUGGCGGGGGGCUCUGUGCACGAGGUGCUGACAGCAGCACUGCAGACCCUGCGGGGCGUUGCUGCUCGCAGCAGCAACGGCACUCUCGAACUCAUUUUGACAACAGUGCUGCAGCAAAUAACUCCUCCGGAGCAGCACUAUGUCCUCCGCAUUGGCUCCAUCCUGCAGCACACGGUGAGAACCAGCAGCAGCAGCAGCAGCUGCUGCUGCUGCUGCUGCUGCAGUGGCAGCAGGAGCAGCAGCAACAGCACUAGCAGCAGCAGCAGCAGCAGCAGCGCGACGCCGCAGCAGCGGGUGCUGCUGCUGCUUCGCCGGGUUUUUGGUGCUUUUGAGUGCAGAGGGUCUGUGGUUUGUGGCUGUGGUUUGUGUUUGCAGCCAGAACUGUACUUUGUAAUUUGUUCGCUGCUGGCUGGCAGCUCGAGAGCAGCAGUGCAGCAGCGGCUGAGUCGGCUGGGCCUCGUGCAGCUGCUGGCGAGUUUGCUGGAGACGCAGCUGUGGUUUAGGCCGGACCCUUUGGCGCAUCUCUGGCUGCGUCCCGAGCAGCAGCAGCAGCAGCAGCAGCAGCAGCAGCAGCAGCAGCAGCGGGAGCAGCAGCGGGAGCAGCAGCAGCGGCGGCGGCGGCGCGCGGCCGCGGGCGAGGCCGCUGCUGCGGGGGAGGCCUCCAGCAGCGACGGCAGCGGGGGCGCGGACGAGGCCCCGCCCCCCUCCGCAGCAGCAGCAGCAGCAGCAGCAGCAGCAGCAGCAGCAGCAGCAGGCGCUGCAGCGUCGCGGGAAGACGGCCCUCCGCCGGCGCGUCGCCGUCGCCACUCGUCGAGCUUGCUGGCCGCAGCCGCCCCGCGCAGCAGCGCUCUCCCCGCGCCCCCCCCCAGCAGCAGCAGCAGCAGCAGCAGCAGCAGCAGCAGCAGCAGCAUCUACGCGGCGCGGAGGGGGCUGGACCUGUCGCUGGCAGCAGUGCCUCCGCCGCUGCAGUCUCUGGAGGCCUUCUGCUGCUGCGAGACUUCCCUUUGCGCCUUCGCGCUCGAGCUGCUGCGGCUCGUCCACGACUUAGCCGAUUUCGAACAAGGAGCAGCAGCAGCAAAAGUCAAAAGAGAAAUGCUGACAGCCCACGAGCGCAACAAACUCAUGCAUGCGCUGCGGCAGCCCCGCCGCGUGGACUUGCGGCCUCCGCUGGUGCGGGCGGUGCGGCAGCGGCUGCGGGUCAUUCACUCUCACCCGCUCGUGGACCCCGACAAGCAGCAGCAGCAGCAGCAGCAGCAGCAGCAGCAGCAGCAGCAGCAGCAGCAGCAGCAGCAGCAGCAGCAGCAGGGGGCGCUGCGCGGCGCGGCGCUGCCGCGGGACGCGGCGGGCGCCGGCCGCGCGCAAGACGCCGCCACCGACGACGAGCAGCAGCAGCGCGCGCGGAGUGCCGCCACCAGCCCCAGCAGCAGCAGCAGCAGCAGCAGCAGCAGCAGCAGCAGCAGCAGCAGCAGCAGCAGCAGCGAGCCGGGGACGCACCGGUCGAACGAGCAGUUCGGGCGGAUUGCCACGCGGUAUAUCUUCAAAGGCACUGCGGGGCUGCUGUCGAGACUCAUUUGCAUUUAUGGAAAUGAAUCUGCUGCUUCUGUUUAUAAGUUCUGGCUGGCUUCUUCUUUGGAAGCUUGCAUUCGGGGAGCGGAUCCUUUGAUCAAGGUCUUUGCUGCUGAGAGCGGGCUGCUGCACAUCAUCCUCCGGGACAUGCACGCGCUGGCGCUCGACCAGAAGCAGCAGCAGCAGCAGCAGCAGCAGCAGCAGCAGCAGCAGGGGGCUGCGGCGCGGCUCGCGGCCGCCAGAAGCAGCAGCAGCAGCAGCAGCAGCAGCAGCAGCAGGGGGGAGGCCGCGGCGCACCGCGGCAUGCUGCAGUCCUGCUGCGACUUGCUGGGCGAACUGCUCAAGUUCAAUCCUUACGUUUUGCUGCUGCUGGACCGCCACUUCGCAAGACAUCCUGCUGCUUUGGCAGCUUUUGCUGCUAUCAUUGAAGACAACUUAAUUGACACAAACGUUCUUGUUCGGAGUCUUUAUUUGACUUUGGAGCUUUGCAGACAAACAGCCCGCGUGCAUGCGCUAGCAGCAGCGCUCCCUGCUGCAGCGCAGCAGCAGCAGCAGCAGCAGCAGCAGCAGGGGCCGGCGGCGACGGCCGCGGCGGCCGCCGCAGCAGCAGCAGCAGCAGCAGCAGCAGCAGACGCUGCUGCAGCAGCAGGCGCAGCAGAACUCCGGGAAAGCCGCUUUCUCCCGCUGUGGCGCCAAAUGCACUUCUUCGACCGAAACUCCUGCAGCCCAGUCACCCUCCGCGGGCUCCAAGGCGAAGACCCCCAGCAGCAGCAGCAGCAGCAGCAGCAGCAGCAGCAGCAGCAGCAGCAGUGGUCUUGCCUUUCGCAGGGGCUGCCGCACAAGUCCGACUCCUGCUGCGCCACGGGCGGAUUUGCUGCGCCCACGGGGCUGACUGUGCCCUUCGUAGACGGGGCCUCGCUGCGCCGCCUGCUGGCCCGCAGCAGCAGCAGCAACAGCAGCAGCAGCAGCAGCAGCAACAGCAGCAGCAGCAGCAGCAGCAGCAACAGCAGCAGCAGCAGCAGCAGCAGCAGCAGCAGCGGCGUCGGCGCCCACGCUGCAGCGGACCGCUCCCCGCGGCGAAUGCGCAGCCGCGCGCCCCCGCAGCAGCAGCAGCAGCAGCAGCAGCAGCAGCAGCAGCAGCAGCAGCAGACGUACUGGGAGCUGGCGCCGCUGGGGCUGGGGCUGCGGCCAGACCCCUCGCCGGCCAUGGUUGCUGCUGUGGUCAGCAGCAGCAAAGAACUGCAUGCAGUCUUCAGCGGGAAGUACAGAAGUGAUGUUUUUCUUCUUUUCGACAAAGACAAAAGUCCUUUGGCCAACUUCCUCCAAGAACGCAAAAACGAAAUCCUCAAGAGGCUCAUGUGCGUGGUGUCUUUUGAAGGCGUAGUGCCCGACAGCAUUUGCUGCGUCAACACUUCGCUCGUGCUGCUGCUGCUGUCGCUGCUGGACGGCCAGCUGCCGGAGACCCUUCAAGACAUCAAGAAACAGUUCAGGGAGGCAGAGGAGGAGCUGGCAGCAGGACGGCCUGUGGCUGGUGUGGGGCCGCUGCUGGAGCGUUUGCUGCAUGCAGAAGCAGCAGCUUCGGGACUGGAUCUUUCGGGUUCUGCGCCUUUUUAUUUGAAAGAAACAGAAAAAGAAAAAAGAAUGCGAAAAGACAUGGGCGUGGGACUUUUUAACUUCUGGCGGCUGCUGCACUUCUGGAGGGUUCACUACAUCCGAAGGAGAAAGGACGCCCGCGGCCUGGAAUUUGCCUGUCAGAUUCCUCUGCAUUACUGGCACGAACUCAUUUCAAUCCUCUGCGCCCCUCCAGAGGAGCCCACGAGCCUCGCCCACCCGCUUCCCUGA